CCGCAGAGCAGCGGCGCCCAGCAUGGCACCGAAGAAGGGCAGCAAGCGCGCCGCCGCGGCUGCCGGCGCGGCGGGCCGCCCGGGCAAGGUGGCGAAGCUUUCUCCUUGGGAGGAUCCGACGGCAGCUGCAGGCCGUCGCGCGGGGCCUGGCGGCCGCCGCGCUGCCCGAGGGCUGCCGCGCCAUGCUGCUGGCGGUGCUGCCCGCGAGCCUGGGCGCGCCGGCGGACGCACGGCACGCCGUGCAGGCCCGCGUCGUCGACAUGGUGGGGGAGGCCCUGGCGGCGGCGCUCGCGGGCAAGGACGCGGCCGCGUCGAAGGCCGCCGAGGACGCGGCAGCGGCGGGCCGCCGCCGGGCCGAGCUGCAGGCGGCGCAGGCGGCGUGCGAGGGCGCCCGCGAGGACAGGGCCAAGGCCGCGCAGGACAAGAGGGCCGCCCUCAGCUCCGCCGACGCCACCCUGACCGAGGCGAAGGUCACUCUCGUCGGCAGGCAGCAGGCCGAGCAGGCCGCGAAGGAACGGGCCGAGGCGGCCAAGAGGACCGAGUGCGAGGCCUUCGACCUCGUGGUUGCGGAGCACCUGGGGCCCCUCCGGGAGGGCGCGUGGGGCGGGAGCGCGCUGAGUGGGCAGCGGCACGUCGAGCAGCUGCGGCCCGCGCUGCAGGCCGCGGGCAUCGACGCCUCGGUCCUGGCCUCGCUCGGCAUCUCGGGCGCCAAGGGGGCCUCCGAGCGCAGCGCCUUCGACAGCUUGGUCCUUGAGCAGGUGGCCGCCAGCCUGGCCGAGAGGGCCGCCGCGCUCCGCAGGGAGCUCGCGGAGAGGGCGCCUGGCCUCGCCGAGGCGGGCGCGUGCGUGGCGGCGCAGGCCUCAGAGGUGGACACGGCGGAGAGGGCGGUGCAGGAGUGCAAGGCCGCCUUCGAGCAGGCCUUGGCCCAGCUGCACGAGAGCGAGGCCCAGGCCAAGUCCGCCGCGCAGGAGUUGCGAGCGUGCGCCGCGGAGGUCCAGAGGCCGGGGGGGGGGGGGGGGCGGCCCGCUGCGACCUCGAGCUCUUCCGGGCGGGCCCCCUGGCGGCCUACGAGGCGCUCCGGGACGCCGGCUCCAAGUGCGCCGGGGCGGCGGGCGCGGCCGCGGCGGCGGCGGAGGAGGCCGUCGCGUCCUGCAGCGCGGGCGGCGCCUGAGGUGGAGCGCGCCGAUGCGCCAUGCGAGCCGAUGUCUCUCCUCCAGCCGUUCCCCUCUGCUGGCGUCCCCGUCGCCCUGCACGGGCCUCCGUUGCCAGGGCGCGGCAGGUUGUAA